GGUAAAGAAAUAGGGUCCAUAAGAAUCACUUCUUCCAAUUGAUUCUCUCAUACCCGCAACCACCACCACCACCUUUAUACCUCUUUUCCUUACAAAGAUGUUGCGUGUUCAACGCCCUCUUCAUCUUUCUUCGAUCAAAUCAUUGCGAUCGCAAGUGAAUGGCAAGAGCAUCGUUCGUCAUGCCAGUUCAGGUCCUGCUCCUAAAGCAAGUGGCACUUCUCGUAAUGUAUUCAUCUUUGGUACAGCUGCUGCCGUUCUUGUAGCAGGUGGUUAUACACUGACAAGAUCACAAUUGCAAGCAGAAAAUGUGGAAACAGUCUUGGGUGAUGUUCGUCCACAUCCAUUAUGGUCACCACCUACUCGAGCACAAAUGAUUGCAGCUCUUAAAGAAUCAAGCGGAAAAAGUUUACGUCCUCAAGCCAGUAGAAUUUAUGAAGACAACACAAGUUUGGAAAAGUUACAAGUUGAUGCAAAGUCCAGUACACCUUCUCCUUCUGCAAGAGCAAAUGCAGAAGGCGAAAUCGUAAUGCGUGAUGGGGAUGAAGAAGGUGAAGGCUUUGAUCUCUUGAUCGUUGGUGGUGGUGCAACCGGAACGGGUGUGGCUGUUGACGCCGCCACUCGUGGAUUAUCGGUUGCAAUGGUGGAGAGAGAUGACUUUGGUGCCGGAACUUCUUCAAAAUCAACAAAAUUGAUCCAUGGUGGUGUUCGUUAUUUGCAAAAAGCCGUUUUCGAGCUCGAUUAUGAUCAAUACAAAAUGGUCAGAGAAGCACUUCAUGAACGUAAAACAUUCUUGCACAUCGCACCUUACCUAAGUGAACAUUUGCCCAUCAUGUUGCCCGUCUACCGUUAUUGGCAAAUUCCUUACUACUUUGCCGGUACAAAGAUGUAUGACAUGUUGGCAGGAUCCGAAAAUAUGGAAUCUUCUUACUUCUUAGGGCGUGGUAAAGCAAUCGAAGCCUUCCCAAUGCUCAAAGCAAGUGGUUUGACCGGUGCAGUGGUAUACUACGAUGGUCAGCAUAACGACACCAGAAUGAACAUCGCUUUGGCUUUGACUGCUGUGCACCAUGGUGCAGUUGUUGCGAAUCACACGUCCGUCGUCUCUCUACACAAGAAGGCUGUUCCUGGCAAGGUUGAUCAGAUUUGUGGUGCACGUCUAAAGGAUGAACUUACAGGAGAAGAAUGGGACGUUCGUUGCAAGGGUGUGAUCAAUGCAACAGGUCCAUUCAGCGAUGCUAUCCGAAAGAUGGACGUUCCUACCGCACAAGAAAUCGUUGCUCCUUCCUCUGGUGUUCACAUCACUUUACCCGGCUAUUACUCUCCAAGAGAUAUGGGCUUAAUCGAUCCUCAAACUUCUGAUGGUCGUGUGAUCUUCUUCUUGCCUUGGCAAGGAAACACAAUCGCUGGUACAACCGAUACAGCUGCCCCAGUUGAAGCUCACCCCAAGCCCAAGGAAGAAGAAAUUCAAUGGAUCUUGGAUGAAGUUCGCAAUUAUUUGAGUCCUGAUAUCAAGGUUCGUCGCGGAGAUGUGUUGAGUGCUUGGAGUGGAUUGCGUCCUCUGGUGAAGGACCCCGCAGCGAAGGAUACGCAAAGCUUGGUCCGUAAUCAUAUGAUCAACGUGAGCGAAUCCGGUUUGCUAACGAUCGCAGGUGGAAAGUGGACAACAUAUCGUGAAAUGGCAGAACAAACGGUCGACAAAGCAAUUGAAUCAUUUGAUUUGAAACCUAUGCGUGGAUGUGUGACCAAACAAACACGUUUGUUGGGAAGUCAUGGAUGGAGUAAAACAAUGUACGUCAAGCUUUUGCAACGUUUCGGUUUGGAUACAGAUGUGGCUAAGCAUCUUUCGCACACGUAUGGUGAUCGUGCUUGGAGUGUUUGUUCGAUCGCUGAAUCUACUGGCGCUCGUUGGCCAGUACACGGUAAACGUAUCGAUCCCCUUUAUCCAUACAUCGAAGCAGAAAUCCGUUAUGCUUGCCGUGCCGAAUACGCUGCCAGCGUCCCAGACUUCAUCGCUCGCCGUACUCGUUUGAGUUUCUUGAACGUGGAAGCAACGGUUGAAGCAUUACCAAGAGUGAUUGAACUCAUGUCAGAAGAGUUGGGUUGGGAUAAGGCACGCAGAGAUUCAGAAUUCACGAAUGCAAUUGACUUCUUAGGAAGUAUGGGUUUGCAACCUGCAAGAUUACAACAAUUAAGUCAAACAACACUUGAUGAAACCAUUGAAACACUUAAAGAGAAAGGAACAGUGACUGCUGGAAUACCAUACAUGGGCAAAGCAGCCGUCUCAGGACAAGAUAUCAAUGCAACGAUUGUCUCACGAGCUCAAUUCACAAGUGAUGAGAUGAUUCAACUACGUAAGAGAUUUGAUCAAAUGGACACAAACGCAGACGGAAAAGUUGACACGAAAGAUUUACAAGAAGUCUUGCAAAGAUUAGGAUAUCACAAUGUUGACGAAAGAACGGUUAACGGAAUCAUUUCGGAAGUGGAUGUGAAUAAAUCAAACGCAUUGCAUUUCGAAGAUUUCCUAGACGUUUGUGCAACAUUGAAAGAUGUCAGAUUGGAAAAUGCUUUCACAGAUAUCGUUCGUGAAGUUGAAGAAGCAACUGGCUCAAAGACUAUCCUUGGCGAUUCUAUUGGACCUGCAGCUCGCGAACAAUCUGCCCGUCGUGAUGAACGUCGUAAAGUUCCUGCCGAACGUUCAGGCGGUGGCUGGUAAUCUCUCAGCAGAAACAAUUUCUCCAUACAUACCCUAAUCAUAGACUUACUCCAUUCUCUCCUUCCGCCCUACUGUACAAAAGUAUUCCUCUUUGCAAUCUCUCCAUCGUGCUUAUUUUGCUGGAUCUAUAUAUUACG